CCAAGAUCGUAGCAAAUAAAACGCAACCUUAAAAAUCUUUGGUCUAUUCUUCUGCGCUGCAUUACUGCACUGAUCCAACAAGUUAGAAUGAAAAAAAAUUUAUAUUUAUUCUAUUUUAACUUACAUAAAUCGUUUAUCCCUUAUUGGAUAUCAGAUCGUCGUAUGUUGAACGUCGGAUGUGCCUGACUCGAACUCGUUUGUUAUAUCAAUUGUUAAUUGAAAAUAUUUUUCUUAAAAUUAGUCAUCAUUAACAUACUGCCAUCUAUUUUAUAUACUAUCGUUGAUGAACAAAAUGCCUAGAACUAAUACAAAUAGCUAUAUUGUUUGGAUUGAUUUGGAGAUGACUGGGCUUGAUGUAGAUAAAGAUCAUAUAUUAGAAAUUGCUUGUCUCGUGACAGACAAAAAUUUAAAAAUUGUUAGCGAGGAACUGAACAUUGUAAUACAUCAGUCAGAUACAGUAUUAGAAAAUAUGAAUGAAUGGUGUAAAGAAAAUCACAAAAAGACAGGAUUAACUGAAAGCUCUCGUUCGAGUACAGUGUCAUUGGAAGAGGCUGAAAAGACAGUACUUGACUUUCUAAAAAAAUACAUUCAUGAACGUUCAUGUCCAUUGGCAGGAAGUUCUAUAUACAUGGAUCGGUUUUUUCUGUACAAAUAUAUGCCAUUAGUUAACAAUUACUUACACUAUAGGAUUAUUGAUGCUAGCACAGUCAAGGAAAUUGCUAGAAGAUGGAAUUCAAAUGUAUAUAACUCGGCUCCAAAAAAGAAACUAAACCACAGAGCUCUGGACGAUAUAAAAGAGAGCAUUAAUGAGCUAAGAUAUUACAGAAACCAUUUGUUUAAGUUGCUAUAAUUUAAUUUACUUAUUUAGGCUGUGUUUAGGCAGCGCACUAACAGAGUCAUUGUAUCCUGUCAUCAAAUGAUAAAGUGACACUUUAAUAGUACGCUCACCAAAUGCAGUCUUAAGCCUUACGUACAAUAGAGAAAUAUUAAAUGAUAGCAUAAGAAAUUAAAAUUUUUUAACAGAUUAUUGAAAAUUACAAAUAAAUUAUGUUGUAUUUUGAAUGAUAUUUAUGCAUUUAUAUUUUAUAUUUUACUUUUUUAAAAACUAUAUUGAUUAAUUUAUUAAAAAAGCGUGCGAUAAGAAAACCUAAUUUAAUUUAUGAAUAAGAUUUGUAAUUUUAAUUUUGAAAGAAUUGUGAACGAAUGUAUGAACAUAUGCAGCUUUAUAUAUGCGAGAAUGAUGAAUUGCUUUAUGAAUUAAAGACAAUAAAAACAAAAGAAA